UCAUUUAACAUAUUUUCUCAGUCGUUCGUGAUUAUGGGUUCCAAAACAUCCAAUGAGAGCGAUGUUACGCGCGUUGUCAACGAACUAUUGGGUGCUUCCGUGCCUUCAAUUGCGAGGUUAAAUGAGAUUGAAUUGCAAUUCGAGGAGGAGAAGGCUGAACUUGAAGCCGGGUUGGAGGAGUCAUCAAGAAGUUCUGUGAAUGAUGACAGCUCAGAAAGACUGAAAGAAACUGUGGAAAACACUCUGCGAGACCUUCGAAAGCUUAAAAUUGAUCAAGAGAAGCUGAUAAUUGACGCCGAAAAGGCAUUAGAAGAAGGCGAGGAACAGUUCAAGAUCUUGUUUCCGAUGGUGACUAAAGGGCGAGCGAUUCGUCGUGCCCGGUCGUAUAAAGCUAUUGUGGAACAAGUUCAAGCGCGAGUCGUGGAGAUGUCGAAUUCCGUCGCACGACAGAACUACGUGACCGCUGUCGAAUCCUACAAAUGCCUUGCUGAUAUGGCGAAGAAAUGUGUCAACACCCUAGAAAGUGGGGAUGAGAAACGAGUUUCGCAUUUGCGUCGUUAUCUUUUAGAAACUACUUCUUCCUGGUAUAAAUUUCUCAAGACACAUAUAGUUAAAGAACUGGACGAUUCGCUGACAGCUUUAAAGUGGCCGUUUUCUGAAACAAGUGGCAACGAAAUUCCUUGGACGACAGAACAUGUGCAAAAGUUUGAAGCUGUCUUUUUGCUUGCCGCAAAAUUAUGUUUUCCUCCUCCAAAUACCCAAGAAUUGCCGACGUUACCUAUUCGAGUUAUGUUGAAGCCGUUGACAACGCGUUUCAAAUUCCAUUUCACUGGAACCAAGGAGACUAACAACAGGGAAAAGCCCGAGUGGUUCCUUACUCAAAUUCUGAAAUGGGCCAAGGAUUGUUUGCCGUUCAUGGAGCAAGUAGCCGGUAAACUGCAAGAGUCGGCGCCCACCGAAUUUUUGGAGGGACUUGUUGAAUUAGCGGUUGAAAAGCUCUAUUUGGACUUGACAUCCUACGCUGAUGAAUACGAUGACGAUGUGGUCCUCGCCCAUUGCAUCGAAGAAGCCCUGUUAUUCGAUAAAGAGUUGAGGUUCUUAUGCAUGCUUUUGUCGAUAACGGAUCGAUAUCGGUGUUUGGUGCAGCCGGGACAUCGACUCCAAUUUGCGGAACUUCAAGUUGAACUGGCUGAAGAUUUCCGUGUUCGGUUGGUGCAAUUAGCGAGGGAUGAAAGGAAAGACCCCGUUAAUUCGAAAUUGUGUCCCAUUUUGAACACCAUUUCCUACAUUUUACAAGUUAUUCUGGAAUGGAGCGACUUGCCGCUUUUCGUUGAGUUGCAAUUUUAUAAGGAAAAGACGUUUCCAAACGUGAUGUCAUGUGAGUUUGGUGUUGACAACAAUCGCGUAUCCGGACUUUUCGACGAAGUGAUCGAGCUACUUCAGCAUUCAGAGGACGACCUAGUUUCCACGUUGCACGCGAGAGUGGGAGAAGAGAUUAGCGCUCAAGCAUUGGAAUACAAACGUGAUCGGUGGUUUGCCACGAACGUUGGAGACAAGUACAAGCUGUCUGGUUCCGCGUGUUCUUUCUUAGACGUCAUCAGAGGUCGAUUACGCGUGUUGAAAUUGAGGCUGAACGAAUCCCUGUUCCGGAAAAUUGCUGCAAAGGUUGCAACAGACGUUGCGAAGUUCCUUGUUGACGAUUUGGCCUGCGAAGUCAGGUUCAGCGUCGAUGGAGGAAGACAGCUGGGAAUCGAUUUGCAGCGAGGGUUCAUUGUUGUAUUUACAGAAUUCGACAAGAAACUUUCCAAAUAUUUUCGAGCGGCCUCGGAAGCCGUCUUUCUGCUCAACUUACCGAAGGGCUCUGCAAUCCUAUUGCGGGAUGAGCUGAACACAUCUAGGAGUGAUGAACUGAAGAAAAAUUCUUUGCGAGAACUGGAUAUUCAUCGACUAACCGUUUUUCAGGCCGUGAAAAUUCUUGAUAAUCGACUCAGUUUGGAAUUGAUAUAUGACGAGAAAAAGCAGGAUAAAAACUCCUGGAUCGAAGCGUGGAAGGAUCCAUUAGCUUCACUCUACACAUUUUCUUCAUGCAUGAGCCUGUGCGAUUUAUACGGAGAUGGAGACAGCAAGUUGAUCAUCGCUGACUUGGGAACAGGAUUGUACAACAUGAAACUGAAGGUUUACAAAGGAACGGCCCUGGAGACUGAGAACACGUUGGUUGAUCUCCCAACAUCUGUUGUUACCUUUCAAAUGGAAACCAUGCAACCUCGAAUUCCAGCUAUUGCAGUUGCCUCAGCUGCUUAUGUGUACAUCUACAAGAAUUUGAGACCUUAUUUCAAAUUUACUCUACCUCCGUUGGAAAUCAACCCGAUUGAAGAAGAUCUUUGGAAACAAGCGGAAGAUGAUCAGAUCAGUUUUCCAGCCCUUCGGGAAAUGUUGGAGGGACUGCGACAAGAAGUCGGCGAGAUGUCCCUUACAACUCGAUCUCAAAGAUUUCUUAUGAUUACCGAUGGCCCAUCCAUGGCGAGAUUUGUAUCUGACCACAAAGCACAGCCUCUGAAGAAGCAAACAGUUAUCACUUGCAUGACGGUUCUCAAGAAAUCGCAUGCAGACAGCGACGCCAUUGCAUGUCUAGUUUUGGGCACUGAAUCGUCACUUGCAUUUGUUUUGGACCCCGAAGCAUUCACGAUACUUGCUGCCAUUUCUUUGCCUGGUGUACCGACCCAUUUACAUGUGACUGGGUUGUUCGAUGUCGAGUUUCGCUUCGUACUUGGGUGUCGUGAUGGUUCAAUUGCGAUGGUGAAGCGUGGAGAUGAUGAAGCCGCGACGGUGGCAAAAUGUUCAGUACCUCCUGUUGGUGUGCACAUCGUGGGCAAGACGAUUGUUGUGCCAUGUAUGGAUAACAGCAUUCGCUGCUACUCACUCCUGGGAAAUAUUUUGUGGCAUCUGACGCUGUCAGCGUCAAUAUUAUGCUCGGAAUUGAUCGAAGUUCGGCAAUUGGACAUGACCGCAGUAGCAGUUGGUCUCAGCGAUGGAAGCGUCUUGGUGUACAAAGAUAAAGCCUUAGUCGAUUCUUUCAAGAUUCAUGAUGGUGUAUCUUCGAUGAAGUUCGGGCGCUUCGGACGGGAAGAUAACACUCUGGUUAUUGUAACUAGAGGAGGCGGGCUUAUAGUGAAAAUGUUGCGACGACAGGCACGUCUGGAGCCUUUGGAUGAUGACACUUCCGCACAAGUGUCCCAACAGUCGUUGAAGUUGAACGUACCGAAGAAAACCAAGCUCUUCGUCGAUCAAACUGUGAAAGAGCGCGAGGAUCCGAUCGGCAUGCAUCGGGCUUUUCAACAAGAUUUGUAUCGCUUACGUUUGAAGACCGCUCGAGCAUUCGUGGAAUCCCUGGAAAAAUGUGCAAAUCCUAUAUCAUCCGAUCGGGAUUUACCCGUAGCUUUGGGCGCGCAGGUUAUAGGGCUGGGUCCUACAUUUCGCAUUCGAAUCGAUGUUACGAAUACGUCCUGCGACAAAUCAAUCCGCGACCUUGCUGUUACUUUCAACUACGAUGAAAAGCUGUACAAAGUGGAUCAGCACUACAUUCGCGUACAGUUCUUCUAUGUAUUCAUUGAGAAAAGAAAUCUUAGCUCAAUCAACACUCUUUCGACGAAAUGGGCGGACAAGAUCGACUCUAAAAAUAGUGCAGGACAAUCCGCUCCUUUUGUUCAUCCAUUCCUUCAAGCAACUGGAAUGUUCCUCGGGGAAACUUCCUGUUUAUUGGCCUUCUUCCUCAUCCAAGCUUAUUUAAAGUGGCAGAAGCCGCAGACUGAGAAUGAGCGCUUGAUCAACGAGGACGGCGCACCAGUUGUGACUACUGUGGAACGAAGGGGAUUAGGGUUCAAUCCCUUCAUAUUUCUUCCGCCUGCUCUCUGUGAUAUGACGGCGACGUCUAUCAUGUAUAUCGGAUUAAAUUUGACCUACGCAUCAUCCUUUCAAAUGUUGAGAGGCGCUGUGAUUGUAUUUACGGGGAUGUUGUCCGUUGCGUUCUUGUCUCGUUUGUUGUCAUGGCGUCAAUGGGGAGGCAUAUUUGCGGUCAUCGCUGGGCUUGCGGUUGUUGGAGCUUCUGAUUUCGUCAGUCCGAGCACGAGUGCGUCCGAUAGGCCCGCACAGGAUGUGAUUACUGGAGAUGCAUUGAUCCUGAUCGCGCAGAUUAUUGCGGCCGUUCAGAUGGUGUAUGAAGAGAAGUUCGUGUCGAAACAUAAUGUCCCGCCGUUGUUGGCUGUCGGUUUCGAAGGACUUUUCGGAUUGUUCGUAUUGUCCUCUUUGCUCGUCCCGAUGUACUUCAUCAAAGUUGGUGAACCGUUUUCGAGCAAUCCCAGAGGAGUUCUAGAAGAUGCUCUCGAUGCCUUCACGCAGCUCAGCAACUCCACGUGGUUGUCUAUUGCAUUCUCGGGAACGAUCAUCAGCAUUGCAUUUUUCAACUUCGCUGGUGUGAGCGUGACAAAAGACAUGUCUGCGACGACUCGAAUGGUACUAGAUUCCGUUAGGACGUUGGUCAUUUGGGCCGUUUCUCUGGCUCUCGGUUGGCAACCGUUCUUUUAUCUUCAGGCUAUGGCUGGUCGGGGGAGGGCUGCUAGAUUGCGUUCGGUAUUGGAUGCUGCUCGGGAAAGCCCAGGUAUAUCAGGUUCCGUGGAUGUGACGCGACUCGCCGACACAGAACCCGGUAUCUGUGACCCGACUGAAGUGCGUUUUACGCAGUAUGGCCGUGGUCAGUUGAUACGAGAAUUCGUGGAAAGCACCGCGUUUGCUGCACCGCAGACUUCUGUGGUUGGUUUGGCAGCAUCUUCCACACUGAACGUCAAUGCCGAGCCAUUUCGUUGCCGUGGUAUUUCUUCCUGCAUUCCUCGCGAUGAUGGCUCUUCUUCGGAUUUCAAUGGAGAAACAGAGGACACGUUAAUCGAAGUUAGGACGCAAACGGAAAGCUUAGACCUCUCGUCAGAUCCGUGUGUCCCAAGCGGCACGCGGAAGCACCUGCCAGUUUUAUUCCAGAAAGGCUCUCUGCCAGUAGAGGUGGCUGCAAAUUAUGUGAAGCUACACUUCAAGCCAAACUUCGGAAUAUUUGAGUACAGCGUGUCGUUUACUCCUGGAAUUGACGAUUCUAAGGCACGGCGGAGCGUUCUAGAUCGAUUGUCCGAGCUGACCGGAGACGCGAAGUUGUUCGAUGGCAGUUCCAUGCUACUUCUUCCGAAACGAAUUUCGUCGGAGGCCAGUUCAUCAAUCGUCAAGUCAGUUGUUGAUUCGAGUUCGAACAACGUCGAAGUGAAAUUGGAUUUCUUAGGCGAGAAACCUCUUCCGCGGUGUUUGCGAUGGUACAAUGCUUUAUUCAAGCUCGUCCAAAAGGAUUUGGAUAUGAUAAGAGUCGGGAGGAAUUUUUUUGCGUAUUCACAGCGUCGAUCUGUGCCCGAAUAUCAUCUAGAGGUUUGGCCUGGGUUCAUCUCGGCAGUGCAUUUUUACGACGAGGGUUUGGUAUUGUGUCUUGACAUCUCGCACCGGGUUUUACGUACUGAAACCGUCCACGAACUUAUCUCGUCAGUUGAACAGUCUCUUACCUUCAAAAACAAGGUAGAGGCAAUCCUGCUCAAGCAAGUGGUCAUGACUCGGUACAACAACUGCACGCACAUUGUGCACGAUAUCGCCUGGGGUGAAACCCCGAAUAAUACUUUCGUAACUCGAGCUGGGCGUUGUUUGACGUAUGUUCAGUAUUACAAAAUAAUCCAUGACAUAGAUAUACAAGACGUAGAACAGCCGUUGUUGAUUUGUCGACAGAAGCGUAUGAAAAGCGGAGUAGAAUCAACCAACUUGGCGGACUUGGUGCGGCUCAUUCCAGAACUUUGUUACAUGACUGGCUUAUCUGAAAACAUGCGUUGCAAUCACAGUGUCAUGAAAUCCAUCAGUCGUUACAAUAAACCUGGGGCGGAAGAACGCAAGAAGGCAUUGAUGGACUACGUGUCUGAUUUGAACACCAAUGAAAAGGCUAGAAAACGAUUGGAAGAUUGGGGCCUCGUACUGGAUACAAAUCUUGUCCGACCCAAUGUCAGAAUCUUGGAUCAACCAAGAGUACGAGUUGGACCAGAAAUGUCGACUCGGGUCGAGGUCUUUGAUGUGAACGGACGCUUUAAAGAUUGGGCUUCAAAGCUUGGUGAAUUUGGAGUCAUACACGCUGUUCCGUUGCUGCAGUGGGUUGUAAUAGCACCAGUGCGCAUGAGGACAAACAUGCAAAAGUUUAUUGAGGCAUACGUAAAAAGAAUGGGCGCUUAUUUGCGGGCAGCUGUAGCACAUCCAACGGUCAAGUAUAUACAGCAAGACUCAGUUCCAAGUUACCUUUCAGCAAUUGCGGAAUUUCAGGAGCCUGACGUUCAACUAUUCUUGAUCGGCUUCAUGUCACAAAGGGAUGACAAAUACCAGGCAGUCAAGAAAAUGUUGUGUAAACAAAUGCCGCGUCCAUCCCAGUGCAUUUUGAAUCGCACGCUCAGCAAAGAUACCAUUGCCCCUAUCGUCAAUAAAAUUGCCCUUCAAAUCAAUUGUAAACUUGGAGGGGAACUUUGGGCGGUGGAACACAGUACAAAAGGUGCGAUGUUCGUUGGCAUUGACGUUUACCAUGAUCAGUACAAACGGAAUGAGUCAAUCCUAGGUUUUGUCUCUUCUUCCAACGAGUCUGCAACUCAAUAUUAUGCGCAGGUUUGCAAAUAUCAAAAUGCUGAGAAAAACGCGGAACAAUUCCGGGUAUUUCUGGCAAAUGGGCUAGAACACUGGAGAUUGAAAAAUUUUGGGAAUCUUCCGAAACAUGUGAUAGUGUUUCGUGACGGAUUGAUGGAAGCGAAAAUGACUUCUGUCAUGGUUGAGGAAGCUGCAGCAAUGAAGGAAACUCGCAACCGUCCUGCGGCGAACCCGAUUCCUGGGACUGCUGUUGACGGCGGCGUGACGAGAAAUCACAAUUUUCAAGAUUUUUUUCUUGUGUCGCAAUUUGCCAAGGAAGGCACGGUGUCGCCGACUCACUACGUAAUUGUGGAGAACAAGUCGAAUUUCCGUAUUGAUGAGAUCCAGGCAUUAACAUACAGAAUGACGUACAUGUACUACAACUGGACUGGCAGCAUUCGUGAAACUGGAAGUUUUUCCGUUGCGCUUGAUAAGUGGGGAGUACGUAGAGUUCUGAAUCAUUCCUGUACGAUGGUGCAAGUCGACAGCAUUGCUGACGAACAAAUGGAUGUCGAUGCUUCCGGUCCCAUUGUAUCACGUUCGAAUUUACCAUGGGUUGAAAAGUACAGGCCAACGAAGUUGGACGAGCUUAUUGCUCAUGAGGACAUCUUGAAAACUAUCUCAAAGUUCAUGAGGGAAGGAACGUUACCACAUCUAUUAUUCUAUGGACCACCUGGUACGGGUAAAACAUCGACCAUUCUUGCUUGUGCGAAAAUGAUGUACAGUCCGAAGCAAUUCAGUUCCAUGGUGCUGGAACUGAACGCCUCUGAUGACCGUGGCAUCAAUGUGGUUCGAACUCAAGUCCUCAGUUUCGCCUCAACGAAAACUAUAUUCAAGACCGGUCUGAAGCUCAUAAUUUUGGAUGAAGCCGAUGCCAUGACGAACGAUGCGCAAAAUGCAUUGCGUCGUAUAAUUGAAAAAUUUACCGAUAACGUCCGCUUCUGUAUGAUCUGCAAUUAUCUGAGUAAGAUCAUUCCCGCACUUCAGUCUAGGUGCACCAGGUUCCGCUUCGGACCGCUGAGUACUACUCAAAUGAUUCCCCGUAUGAGGGACGUCAUUGAAUCCGAAAAUAUCAAGGUCACUGAGGAAGGCUUGCAGAGUGUGGUUGAACUUGCGGAGGGGGACAUGCGGAAAGCAUUAAAUCUCCUCCAAAGUUGCUCUAUGGCAUUCCCGGAAGUCAAUGCGGAAACGACGUAUACCACUCUCGGUCAUCCAACCCCGCAGGAUGUCUUGACAAUUAUGAACUGGCUGCUUAAUGCUGAUUUUUCCGUGGCCGUUAGAAAUAUCACGGAUAUGAAGAUCUCGAAAGGCUUCGCCCUUGUGGACAUUUUAACUCAGUUGCAUAAAUACGUCCAUCGACUGGAAAUUCCUUCAAAAUCUAAAAUCUAUCUCAUCGACAAAAUGGCAGAAGUAGAAAAUCGACUGUCGUUCGGCGGGAGUGAGAAAAUUCAGCUGAGUUCACUCGUCAGCGCGUUUUUUACGGAAGAAUUGCAGCAACAGAUAAUCAAGGAAACUUUCCAGCUUGUGUCCAAGCGUGAUGACAACGUGUGUAACUUCUUGGAAGGCGGGAGCCUGAUCGGUGGAUCCGAUUUCAAAUUGGCGUAUCGACAUUAUGCCACGCUGUAUUUCGUUUUCUGUGUCGACUCAUCCGAAUCGGAACUAGGGAUUCUUGACUUGAUCCAAGUUUUUGUGGAAACAUUGGACAAAUGUUUUGAGAAUGUUUGUGAGCUGGAUCUAAUCUUCCAUGUCGAUAAGGUUCAUUAUAUACUAAAUGAGCUAGUCAUGGGUGGAAUGGUAUUGGAAACGAAUGUUUCGGAAAUCGUGAGCAGAAUCGAGGAGCAAAACAAGCUUGAAAAAGACGAGGCUGGGCUCUCAGCUGCUCCAGCACGAGCCGUGUCGGCUGUGAAAAACCUCAACAUUUCGCAGCAGAUCAAGGACAUGAAGCUCCCGGAUUUACCUGCUGCUAUCAAAGAUUUAAAUUUGAAACUCUGAAUAAUUCCUUGUUUCUUUUUGCGAGCUCGCGCGACCCGUUCCUUGGAAUAUCUGGCAAGUUCGAUUCCUGGGUUUCCGAAAACAAAGUGAUUACUCUGACUCUGGGAGGGCACAGCCCUAGAAAAUAUCAAAUGCUAUGUUUUUCAA